AUGUAUUAUCCAAAACUUGAUUAUCCUUGUACCCCAAAAACAUGGAAUAUUUCUGAUGAUCUGGGUCAAAUAGAAUACAUAUUUUCUGAUAAAACUGGUACUCUUACUCAAAAUGUCAUGGAAUUUCGUAAAUGUACCAUUAAUGGUGUAUCUUAUGGAAAAGGCGAGACAGAUACCACGCGUGGUGCUAAAUUACAGAAACAAUUUGAUAAUGAGAAUUCUUCGGAUGAGGUUGAUCUUGUGGCAGAAAAGCAAUUAAUGUUGAAAGAAAUGUCCAUGUUAUUUGAUAAUCAAUAUAUGUCAUCAAAUCUUACUUUUAUUGAUUCUAAUCUGUUUUGUGAUCUCAGAGCAGAAAAUAAACAAUCUAAAGCCAUACAAGAUUUUUUUUCUGCUCUCGCUCUUUGUCAUACGGUCCUUGUUGAACACCCUGAUGAAAAUAAUCCUUACAAGAUCGAAUACAAAGCACAGUCACCUGACGAAGCCGCAUUAGUUGGUUGUGCUCGAGAUGUGGGCUUUGUAUUCAUUGAACGUCAUCAAGAUACUUUGACGAUAGAGUUACUUGGUGAACGCAAGGAAUUUACAUUAUUAAAUGUGCUUGAAUUCAAUAGCACAAGAAAGCGAAUGUCUGUUAUUUUGAGGUCUCCAGAAGGUAGCGUGAUCCUUUUAUGUAAAGGUGCCGAUAGUGUAAUAUAUGAAAGAUUAGAAGAAGGUAGUCAAGAUCAAUUGAAAGAAGAUACAUUAGCUGAUUUACAGGAUUUUGCUAAUGAAGGCCUUCGAACACUUUGCAUAGCAUAUCGAGUAAUAUCUGAUGAAGAAUACAACGUUUGGGCUCGGAAUUACGCAGAAGCCUCUUCAAGUAUUAAUGAUCGUGAAGAAAAGGUCGAGCAAUCUUGCGAGUUAAUAGAACAUUCAUUGAUUUUAAUGGGUGGAACAGCUAUUGAAGAUCGCCUUCAAGAAGGUGUGCCAGAAUGUAUAGCCACUUUAUCAACUGCUGGUAUCAAAAUUUGGGUGCUUACGGGUGAUAAAACAGAAACUGCUAUCAAUAUUGAUAAACAAAGUACUCUUCGUCAAUUAAAUGAAGCUAUGGAUAAAUUCUUUGGACCUAAUGUUGAAGCUUGCAACAAAAGUAACAAACAUGCUCUAAUAAUUGAUGGUGAAACUCUUAAAUAUGCUUUGGACGAAUCUCUAAAACAUUUGCUAUUGGGUAUCGGAAAAAGAUGUAAUAGUGUUAUAUGCUGUCGUGUUAGUCCAUUGCAAAAAGCAAAGGUUGUAUCUUUAGUAAAGGAAGGAUUGAACGUAAUGACUUUAUCUAUUGGUGAUGGUGCAAACGAUGUGAGUAUGAUUCAGGAAGCAAAUGUCGGUAUUGGAAUUGCAGGUGAAGAAGGUCGUCAAGCUGUAAUGGCUGCAGAUUAUGCUUUUGCCCAAUUUCGAUUCUUAGAUAAGCUUUUACUCGUUCAUGGUCGUGCUUUUGAUCAAGAUGUUGAUGCUAAAACUUCGCUAGAAAAUCCGCCAUUAUAUAAGCGAGGUAUAUUACAACAAGAUUUUACAAAGUCAAAAUUUUGGCUUUAUGUUUUAGAUGCCGUUUAUCAGUCAGCCAUUUGUUUUUUUAUUCCUUACGGCCUAUUUCAACAUGGAACAUCUCAUGCUACUGGAUUGCAAAACAAUGGCUUAAGCGAUCUUGGAACAUUGGUAGCUGGAUCUGUCGUAGUCACCACGAAUUUGUAUGUGGUUCAUGGAUCCAAAAAAAGAAGUAAAAAGAAACGAGAGAAUGGUGAAAAUGAUGAUAAAGUAUUCGAUAACACAGACGUGUCUUUAGAUGAUGAAAACGAUUAUGAUAGUGUAACGGUAGUUGACGUACAUAGCGAUACGGAUGUACAUGAGGAUAUACAUAAUGACAGCUCUUAUGUUCCUCUAGUAACAUUAGAUGCGCCGACAAAACCACGUUCUAUGUCAAAAUUACCAAAAUUGCCAAAGAUCUCCGCAUUAAAAAAAACUCGCAAAGAUUCCAUACGAUCGCUUUGCCAUAUGAACUCAGGAAAACGCCAAUCAUUCACAGGGUUUGCUUUUUCUGGAGAAGAAAGUGCUUUUGAAGGAUUUCGACGAUCUGUAUAUCACCCAAAACAAAAACGCAUCUUGGGUCGCUCUCACACUUUUACAUCAUCAUCGAAUAAUGAGAAAUCAGAGAAAUCAUUUCUGUCAGUAUUAAACCGUAGUCGGACGUUACCUAUAAAGUUGUUUCGACGUUUGUCACCAAAUCCUAGUCGGGCAACAUCUCCGAAUAGAUCAAGUAAUGAUGAAAAUGGUCAAGGUGUUCGACGAAGAGGAAAUAGUAGCAGUGAAGAAGUUGAGCUUUCUGCCAUCCUGCCAUCAUGA